AUAGGUUAUGACGGAUCAUGCUACCCUCACAAGUAGUUGAAAAUUUAUUGUUAGGCCUACCCAAUUGUCUAUUUGGGUUAAAACAUUCUUUGGAGGGACUAACAAUAGUGACAGGUGAAUGAAUUAUAGCGGCCCGUCCACCGUGUGAGAGGCCGAUUCAAAAUUUUUGACAAAGCGUCAGGCAAUGAGUGACCACACCUGACCGCCUGAGAGGCAGGUAAAUUUGGCUGUGGGUGGAAAAAAUAAGGAGGCUGCGGCCGCGUUUGACAGGUGACCGUUUUACACAGUUAAAUUAUAGGAAACGCAAGGAGGGGAAUGGAAAGUGGCCGUUUGUAUAGGUGGCCGUAUUAUACAGGUGACCAUCAUGGCAGGUUCGACUGCAUGUUAAUUACUUUUGUAGUAUAAAAAUUUAUUUCCGAUAUUGUUUGCUUGUAACGAAAAGCAUGAUAACAUAGAAGAAAAUAUGUAUGUGACACUUUUGGUAGUUUAUGUAGGCCGACGGCUGCGUCUAUUCGGACACUGUCCAUUUAAGCUCCCUUGUAUAUUCGAAAUGUGUGUCUUUCUAUGCUUGCAUGAAUACAACACCGUACAUUGUAGGUCUUUUUCUUUUUGAGAAUGAUAUGCUUCUCUUUCUUUUUGGACCAAUGAAUCUUUGCAGUUUGCAUAAAAUUGCAUUCUAUUUUUCUAUUAUAAUAGAAUAAUGAAAACCAAUUGUGGUUUUUUCAUUUCUUGGCGUAAAUCGACGUGCAAUACAUGUUUUGAAGGAGGCAAAAUUGUUCUGUAGAAGGAUUGUGUCUGUGUCUGAAUAGACACUGUGCAGGCCGACAACAUAAAGUUUGUUAGGAGGAAUGUUGACUGAGGACUGGAUGUAUUCUGAGUCACUCUGACGAUUCCUAAUUACUGUGUGGUUGUUCAGUAACACUCAACUGAGUUCAAAAAUUGUAUUCAACAGUUGUUCUUUGCCCUUCUUUAUUUGAGGGUGAGGGGGUGGGGGUUGUUGUGAGAUAAGAGAAUAUGUGAGUCUUUGCAAGAACUUGGCACUCCUAAUAUGUCAGAGGUCAAAAAUUAAGAUUACAAAGAAAUGAACUGCAUUCUUUCUGUUCUAGAUAGUUGUUACUGUAACAUUUGAGGUGCUCAGCUCAUAAGGCUAACUCAAUUUGUUUUUGCCUCCUUUUAGUUUCUUUUGCUGGUUGCUGAAUAUUGACUGAUGGUAACACUGACAGUGCUUCAAGAUGAUGAGAAAUAUUUGUGUGUCUUCAGUUUCGAAAUCCAUCGAGUUUGCUUGGUUUCUCCUUAUCCAAGCUGUUUUCAUCAACUCCCAGAGUCUGAAAGAUAUACCUUCAGUCUUUCCUCAUAGACUCAAUUCACCAGGAUUAAAUGCCCAAAAGAAAGUUUGGUGGGCUAAAGAAAUCACUCCAGAUUUCCAUGUGUGUGGAAGGCUUUCAGAUCGGCAAAUAAAAUAUGCUGCAGAUGCAGGAUUUAAAAGUGUUCUGUCCCUUUUUACAUACCCUGCUGGGGACCCCCCAGGAAGCUUUGGUGGAGACUACUUGCCUGUUACUGUCGCAGAAAAGGUUAUUGUAGAAGAAGUAGCUGGGCUCCAGUUUAUUGCUCUGCUUGAACCAAUGGAUGAAUGGGCCAGUGUGGAAGCAGUGGAGAAAUUUACUGCCAUCGAGCCUACUUUGAAGAAGCCUGCACUUCUUCAUUGUGAUCGUGGUUACACAAUUGCUUUUGUGACUUUAUUGUAUAUGGCUAAUCAGACACGCUACAAUCCAGAUUUUCAACCAAAGAUUCGCUCAAAGGAGUUUUAUGAAAUCACUGCUUCCAUGGGUUUAGACUUUCUCCAGAGAAUACCAAUGGAAACAGUGUCUGAAAUUACUGGUGAGCCUAUUCCAGAUAUAAAUGAUAAGUCACUCCCAAGAGCCAAUUUUGAGCCGGAGGAUUGGUUAGAUUACUGGUUUGCUCAUCCAGUGUAUAAAAAUUGGUUUGUCGCUGGUCAAAUAACCAAGUCUCAUUUAUCGCCUUUGGAAGAAUUUGGAUACAAAAGUGUUGUGAAUAUAAGGGAAGGUAUGACGUACAAAGGGAAGCCUAGUCAGGAGGAAGUGAAUCUUUUGAAUAUCAGAGACAGGACUGGUACGUAUGGGGAUGCUCAAACAGCACCACGACAGUCUGAGGAACGGCUGAAAGAAACUCUGAUCAACGAACACUUUUCAAAUUCUUUUAUAAGUGAAAAAUCAACCAAGAAUUAUGAGAACAUUAACGAAGACGAAUUUGGAGAUAUUAUUGGCUAUAAUGAAGACAUUGAAAAGAAAGCAUUUGAAGACAGCGGAUUGAAGUACUACCAUAUUCCCCUUGACAACAAGAUGAAGGACUUUGCAACGUUUAUCAAGGAAAACAUGGACCAGUUGAUUGAGAUUAGCAAGAAAGGACCAGUUCUUGUCCAUUGUGCUCGAGGAUAUAGAGCAGCAAUGGUGGCUGUUUUGGCAUCAGCUGUGCAAUAUGACCUCACCAUUGACUGGGCCUUGCAGAGACUGAAAGAGAUGGGAAUGGGCAUAUCAGCAGAAUCUCACCCUCAUAUUUACGAUGUCUAUAAGGAACUGCUACCAUCAAGACAGCGGGUAGAAUUAUGAUUUCCUACUGAUAAGAAUAAUUCAUAUUUCACAAGAGAAUAAAGAAAUCUUUUAAAAGGAAAAUAGUAAGUAAAAUGGAUUUGUGGUACCAUAAAUAAAGCUUUUGAAACUGUUAUGAAGCAGUGUUGCACAAUAUUUAAUUUGAAAUAUGAGGUAAUUAAUUUGCCCUGGAAGGAAAAAUCCAGCCAAGGGAAUUAUGCUAGGGCCAUGCAAAUAAUACUAAUACUAUGGGUUUGUCUCAAGUUUGAAGAAAUCUGCUAUGAGCACUAUGAUGAGCAGUGGAGAGUGUUCCUACCACGUUUUACCAGUAUCUCUAGUCAUUUAAAGUCCAGCAAGGGUUUUUGUUAUUUGUCUAGAGUGACAUUUAUGUACUAUUGAGAUUUUUGUCAUUGCGUUUUAUAGAAAUGGUAAGUUUUUUUUUAGUUAAUGUCUUAUUCAUUGUGUAAUUUUUAUAGAAACUUUUUCUUUGUAAAACACAGAUCAUUAUCACUGCUUGACUAGACCUAGGCAAUUAGAAAGACAAUAAUUUUUAGUAAGGUCAUAAAAUAUAUCAAUUUUUACAAGUAGUGAAAAAGACCAUACUGUUUAUUAAUUACAUACAGUCAAGCAUGCACAAAACGAAAUCGAUGGAAUCCUGAAAUCUUUUUGCUAUGGAUGAAUUUCACUACGUAUGUGUUGCAAAUGCAAAGAAUAUACGUUAGUUAAAAAAUGCUGGUCCUGAAAAUCUGUUCGCUAUGCACUCGUUUUACCAUGUCUCCAUUUGCUAUGUUGCCUGCUAACCUGUUUGUGCUUAUUGUUUGUUUUCUGUGUUUGCUGCAUGUCUUCAGUAUAAAUUUUCCAAGGGAAAGAUAUUUCCAGAGACUUUUUUAAUACUGGACUAGGAUGAAGUAAUUUCUCCAUAUGCGAAUAUGUUUACCUCAAGAUUGAAUCAAUCAUUUUUGUUCCUUUGCUACUCUUUGUCUAUGCUUUGACUGUUAUCUUUCGAAGGUAUUUUGUCUUUAGUUAAUUAAAUUACGCUGGGAGAGAUUACGAUGACUUGUGCUCAGUUUUCUAAGUGUGGCUUAUAAUUAUCAGUAAUUGUUAGUCAAGGAGAAUGAUUGAGGUUCAGCAACUUGAAGAUGACGUUGUGGAUUUAUGAAAAAAAAGCCGGAUUCUUUCAGUUUAAAAAUUACUUCUGGAGAUGAUACCUUGUUUUUUAUGCUAUAUGCUUCAGAUAUUUGUCAGUGCAUUUUGAAGCUUUUAUUUGUCAAUCCGUUCUGUGUGUUUGGUGUUGUCUUAAUUUUAAACAAACAAUGUCUAUAGUUUUCUUUUUUGAUGGGCUGCGGAGUUUGAAAUGGAAUGUAUGUUUUAAAGAGAAUCAGUUCCUAUACUAUGUGAACUGGACAUCGUUAGCUUUUUUGUUCUAGUUUUGUUCACUUGAGCCUUCUUUAAAACCUAAAAUCUCAGAGCACCAUUUGCUUUUUAUUGCUUUCUGUACACAUGACUGAUAUCAUAACCAGAGGGUUUUUAAAGAAUUACUGCUCAUUUCCUCGCUUUUUUGUAUAUUUUUAUUUGUCAUUCUCUGUCAUCCCCACCCCCCAAUUUCCGUUAAUCUUCUUAUGUAUUUGUUUCUAAUGGUCUCAGUGGUUUAGGAAAUUCUCCCAAAUUUAACCAUCCCAUAAAGAUUUCCAGACGAAAUGUCAGUAAGUGGUCCUGAAUUCUUCAAAUAUUUGUCUUCUGUGUGUUUUGAACAAGUUGUCAGAUUUCACUAUUCUUUACUGAGGAUUGCUAAACAAAAGAUUUCUAUUCUAUGGUGUCUAGUGUUGAGAACAUUGCGUUCAUUUUAUGGUUACAUUGUACCCAGAAUUAACAGUCUUGAUGAUUGCUUUGCUUAGCAAUAAUUUUCUGCCGACCAGGCUUAUUUUACUUCAUAGUGAACUUUUUGCAACAUUAAGGGCUUUCAUAAAAAUUGGAUUGAA